AUGCUUCUGCAUAUACGUCCACAACCACAUUCGCUUGUACUAAGCAAUAUUAUGAUUUUCUAUCUUGGUGGCUAUGUACCAUCCGGUGAGGUAACAUGGGAGACUCAUUGGCCAUGGUUCGUUAUAAUCCUAGUAUUACUAAUAGUUUUGGGUGCUAUCUAUUGCCUUGCUUUCAAGGAGAAAUAUACAAAUCUCAUCGCAAGAAAUCGAAGAAUUACAGCUGUAGAUGAUAUUAAUUGA